AUUCGAGUAUGCAUGACGUCACCGUAAUGUGGUUUUGGAGCGACAGAGAUCAUUGGACCUAGGAUGCAGUCGCGAACAGAUGAUUGGAUAGACUUGUUGUUGAAUUGGCCAAUGGCAAAAGCAACAACAGUUUCCUUGGUUACAAAUGUUGUCAACCGGGAAGCGUCGACAAGUCACACUAUGUCGAAUAACAGAUGAGACAGCAAUGAGUGGGAGAGAUCUGCGAGGUUUCAUAACAAGCCACAGAGCUGAUGAUUUGGAAAAGCUGACCCUGCGCUUGAGGGAUGGACUGGGAAGCUCAAAGUAUAAACCAGUUCAAUACGAACAGCUGCAGGCCAUGCUGGAGGCCAAACGGAUUACAUCACAACACAUUGAGGAAAAGGUGAGGAGGACUCAGCAGGCGGCCAAGGAGAGCAGAGAGGGCAGCUUGCUCCGCCAGCACAGACCGGUGUGGGCCAGAGAGUACCAGAGACUGGCCAGAGCACUAGAGAAGGCAGAAUUAGAGCUUCAGAAUUUUCUGGAACAGCGGGGACGACAGGACGGUGGAGACGGCGGACAUGACGGAGGCGUGAUUGCUGAGAUGUUGGGUGAAAAGUUGCUCUUGCAGGCAGACAGGGGUUCAUUUCAGUUGGCCACUGUGGACCCGGUGCUGCAGCUCAGAGAGGACCUUCAGUACCGCCUGGACAGAAUACAUGUGACAGCCCCCCAGCACAAUGAGUGGGAGCAAAUCCUCCAGCAGGUGUGCUUUGUGAAGGAACAGCAGGAGGCUGUGGAGGAUAAGCUCCAAACUGAAUCCCUGGCUCUGGAGCAGGACCUGGCUUCUCUAGGCAUCGAGGAGGCACAUGGCGAGGGCUCAGACGGCACGGCUAAUCUCCAGGAGGUCUCAGAGGAGAUCCUGUCUUCCGAAUGUCCCUACCCGGAGCUGAGCGCCUUCCUGAUCCACGCGUUCCACGCGCUGUCACAGAAAUACCAGGAGAGACUGCGGAGCGUGGAGCAAAGGCUGGAGGGCUUGGACAGGCACUGUGGCUGGCCACCAGAGGAGCACCUCCGCUUCCAGCUGACCGUGGGCCAGUACUCUCCUGAGCUGAGGAACCACCGCCACCUCUACAUGGACAUCCUGCAGAGGCUCUACCCCGACAUGCCCAGACAAGAGCUGAACCAGCACGAGCGGAGCUGGGACUGGUACCGCUUCACGCUGGCCCAGAGGAAGGCUGUGGUCCAGGGCUGGCAGCGCGACCGGGCCGAGCUCCUGCUGAAGGCCCAGGUGACGCUGGAGGAGGCCCGGCAGCAGCACCAGCAGCAGUGCGCCCUGCAGGACGACCGCAGACACCAGGAGCACAUAUGCGGCCAGCUCAGGGACAAGCUUCAGCAGUGGCGUGCCCAUCAGGAGGAGGUGGCUCAGCUGGAGGCAGCCAUAGCAGAGAGGAGGCGGGAGGAGGAGGAGGAGAGGAUGAAGAGGGAGCAGGAGAGAGAGCUUGCCAAGAGGACACGGCAGAAGGAGCAGGUGAAGCAGUUCUACUCCGAGCUGAGCAGGAGGAGAGAGGAUAUGCAGCGGAGGGAUGAGGAGAGGCUGCGGGAGCUGAGGAGCGUGAUGGAGGAGCAGGCCAGGAGUGACAAGGAGAGGGUGCAGUUUCGUGAAGAACUGCUGUUGCAGCGCAGAGAGGACAAGGAGGCUCGGGAUCUGCAGAAACUGAAGGACGAGGAGGAGAGAGAAGACCGGCUGCAAGCCCUUCGCAACCAGGUGGCUGUUGUGGCUGACGCCGACCCAGAAAGGAUGAUGGGUGAUACGAAGGCUUGGAAGGGGCGACAGCAGCCGGCAGAGGAAGAGUUUGUGCUCCAAAGACCCCUCUACCAUCUGAACACUUACACAGAUACACAGAUUGUGUCUGAUCCCAGAGUGAGGAUCGAACAGGCCCUCCGCCAGGCUGGCCUGCACAACACGCUCUACGCCAAGGAGGUCUUAUCCACAGUCCAGCCCCCGAGACCACCCAGACGAGACAUGCAGUCCACAGCCUUCAAAUCCUGACAUUAGCACAUGUACGCACACAUACGCAGACAAACACACAUACGCAGACAAACACACAUACGCACACAA